AUGGCAGCACUUCCGAACUUGAUCGCAACGGCCACGAGAGUUAUUCGACGAGACGACGAUGGCGACUCGAAUGACGACACCAAUAGCAACUGCAUAACUGCGGUACCUGGUCAUAAUGGGCACGUUGACGAUCUUAGCGCGUGCAAUGCCUAUUACAACUACGAUCCCCAAUUUGCUCCAGCUGUGGCUGUUGCUGUGAUAUUUGGGUUUCUCUUCGGUGUGCACCUUUUCCAGGGGUUUGCUUACAAAAAGAGAUACACGUGGGUGGUGAUCAUGGGAGCGGCCUGGGAAACCGUCGGCUUCAUUCUACACUCCUUAGGUUCGAAAGACCAACAGCAGAUUGGCUAUGCUACAGGUUGGAACAUCCUCUUCCUCCUUGCUCCUCUCUGGAUAAAUGCCUUCGUCUAUAUGACUUUUGCCCGAGAGGCCUACUACUACCUGCCUCAGUCUCAUCGAAGGAUCAGGGGCAUAAACGCUACCAGCCUUGCAAAAUGGUUUGUAUGGGCUGAUAUCCUCACCUUCAUUAUUCAAGCUGCGGGUGGGCUGAUGGCCAGCCCAGGAGCUGACCCAAAUAUCGUCAAGACUGGCCUUAAUGUGUACUUGGCCGGUACGAGUCUGCAGCAAUUCUUCAUCAUUCUUUUCCUGUGGCUCAUGAUAGAGUUUCAUGUUCGUUGCAACUCUUGGGGUGUUAGUGGUGCUGCUGAACAAGGGCCAAGAAAAAGAAGCUGGAAGCCGCUUCAUUUUGCCUUGUACAGCGUCCUCACCUGCAUAUCAGUUCGUAUCAUUUACCGUAUUGCCGAGUUUGCGGGUGGCAUCACACCAUCAAACCCUAUACCAUUCCAUGAGGAGUACGCAUAUGCCCUUGAUUGUUUUCCGAUGAUGUUAGCGUUACUCAUUCUUGCCAUCUGGCAUCCGGGACGUUUCCUCGUUGGUCCAGAGAGCGAAUUCCCCAAGCUAUCUCGAGCCGAAAAGAAGCAAGCGAAGGCGGAUCGUAAAGCUGCUAAGGCACAACGAAAGCAAAUGCCACAGAACCUCAGCCAAACUUCAUACGAAACUGGUUGCGCAGCCGACACGUAUGAAAUUCGUGACUUAGGCAGCGAGACACGGCAUAUCGUUUAA